AUGGCGGUAGAGUACAAAUGCUGUGGAACAGAGUUUUUUGUUCAUAUUGCAGUGAUUGUUUUUCUGGUGGUUUUUGCGGGCUUAAUGUCCGGGCUCACUUUGGGCCUCAUGUCUUUAAGUCUUGUUGAUCUUGAAGUUCUUGCCAAGUCCGGAACUCCGAAGGACAAAAAAUAUGCUGCGAAGAUAAUGCCAGUAGUCAAGAAUCAACAUUUACUACUUUGCACCCUACUCAUCUGCAAUGCUGCUGCCAUGGAGGCACUUCCAAUUUUUCUAGACAGUCUAACUACAGCCUGGGGAGCUGUCCUAAUCUCCGUGACACUAAUACUUUUGUUUGGUGAGGUAACAAGCCGAGCUUGA